AUGGAAGCGUCCAAAACGUCGCGCCACCACGCCUUGAUCAAGGCAUCGCUCCGUGCGCUAUGGGGCAAGAUGAAGGUCGCUGCCAAGGCCGCGUCGGUAGCUGCGAGGUCGUCGUCGUUCCACAGUGAUUACGUCGCCAUCGAAGACCGAAGGUUCCCGCUUCACGACUCAGGGUACUUGCUCGUCAACGACGCUGCCUGA